AUGGUGCUAGGUGACGGCCACACGGCGCUGUUCUGGGAAGACCGCUGGCUGCAUGGGCAGUCGAUUCGCGAGCUAGCACCCCUGCUUUACCUAUGCAUCCCCAAGAACAGGAGAAGGGCGCGGACGGUGGUGGAAGGCCUCGCCGGCAAUGCCUGGGCUCGAGACAUCCGUGGCGUAGUGGGGCUGCAAGAGAUUGGCCAAUACUUGACGACAUGGCAGCGCGUCGCGCACACUACCUUGUCCGUUGAGCCAGACAAGCUUGUCUGGAAAUGGACGGCUAAUGGAGAAUACUCGGCGCGAUCCUGCUAUCAGGCAACCUUCCACGGAUCCUUCACUUGCCAUUCUUGGCAGUUAAUCUGGAAGGGAUGGGCUCCGCCGAAGGUCAAGUUCUUCCACUGGCUUGUGAACCUGGACCGAUGCUGGACCGCGAACAGACUUGCUCGCCGCGGCCUCCCACAUCACGCCCGCUGCCUGCUUUGCGACCAAGAGCCAGAGACCAUCCGCCACCUGCUACUAGCCUGCCCCUUCGCGCGGCAAACCUGGCACGAGGCUCUUUCCUGGCUGCGCCUACCAGCCCCCACGCCGGAGCAGGAUAUCUCCAUUCAGGAUUGGUGGAUAAGGGCGAGAGAUGCCACACCACCAUCGCUCCACAAGGCGCUGAGGUCCACCACGCUGCUAGUUCCAUGGAUGAUCUGGAAACAUAGGAAUGCGUGUGUAUUUGAUCAUGUCACUCCGUCGCUCUCCGAGCUCUCGGAUAGGAUCAAAGAUGAGAUGAGGUGUUGGGCUAGAGCCGGGGACAAGGGGCUUAGGGUAGUCUUGCCCCCAUCCUGGGAUGUCCAUUGAACUACUUGUAACCUGCUGUAAUCGUCUCCACGGAGGCUGACUUUCCCUCUUUUCAAUACAAAGAAACGCAUAUCUCUGCGUUUUCUCGAAAAAAUAAGACACCACCUGCCAGAACCUUAGCAUGGCCAGUGGUCUCCUGUGCUUCUGUAAGUAUCAUGAUCACCCUGCUGUUGUCAUUGUGAUCAAAAUCAGUUACCUUCCCAACCUUCUUGACAUGUUUCUGCAUCUUGCUCGACAAGCGGAUGUGGGACUGAAUCUUGAGCCACACGAUAUUAACAAUAUGAGGGACUGCUCGAGCUCGUACUUCAACACCUUCCAUUGCCGAGCCUGGCAAAUGGUCACCUGGCUGCUGGGCAGGCACACAACCUCCUCGAUGCAGUUGUAUGCUGCUACAAGUCUCCUCGAACUAUUGUGUGUUGCUUCUAUGGUCACAAAGGGUGAAUAGUGGUUGUUUCCAGGCUUGGCAAAUUGAAAAAAAUGUGCAUAGAUGCUAAAAUUCAGGAAAAAUGAAAUUGACAGAGUUCACUA